UAAUACAAAUAUAUAUAUAUAGUCUAUGGUCAAGAAUAGUGUCCUAUAUAGUUUAUAUAAUUUUUACUAGCAAUAAAUGUCAGGAAUUGUGAAACACUGAGUUUAAAAUGUUUUUGGUUAAGGUUUAUGUCAACUGUACAUUUGAGCAGCGUACAGGACAAACAAACUGGUUCAACGUUGGUUUAGUGGAAAACAUAUUAAAACGGACUACAGGUACAAUGUAUUGGAAGACUUCUAACAGAUUUUGUUCUUAAAAUACCAGAAAAGUAUGAUUGCUAAUAUUACCGAAAUCAUAAUAUGUACGUCUUCAUGACAGAAGUCAAAGUAUAUUAUAUCCCAGAACCCUUCUGUGAUCUCUUUCUCUCUCUCAGACACACACAGGUGAUAGGUGGUUGUAAAUGUUGACAUUGACAGUGAUAUAAGUACUAUUGUUCAUAUUUGGUUCAAGGUCUUAAAAGUCUGACUUAUUUUCUGUUUGUAACACUUCAUGACACAUCACUGACAGAAGGAAAAUGGUUACCAUGAGAGUGAUGCCAACAACACAGGAAACCACAGAGAAAGCAGCUGUGCUACUGACAUGCUGAGACCCAUAGAGUCAGACAGCAGCCCUCCCACCGAUGCUCCACCCACUGCCAAUCAACCAUCAGAGACGGAAGAGAAAGUGAUAAAUCUCACUGGCUCUUUUUCCUGGUUCGUUUGAAGUCAACUAAAUAAGCAGAACAGACCCAGCUACUAUCGCAAUUGGUGUUUAUGGGAGAACUAUCCCUUAAGCAGAGCCUGGAACGGUGACCAACGUAAAUGGACAACGGUAAACAGCGUCUUAAUUUACCUGAAACGAUGGGGGUCUGCCACAACUUCUGGACCCAGCGCCCCCCACCUGACGCCCAUGAUGCCCAGCCCCUCAUCGCUAAACAAUGCAGUACUGAUGAUAGCCAGAAGGGGGCAGACAAGACACAGCUCAAAAAGAGACGCUGGUGUCGCAACAGCUGCCUUUGCCUGUUUCUGUUCCUGGUCGUGAUGAUGACUGUGGUCAUCCUGGAAGUUGACCUCAAAGAACGGAUCUCACCUUCAACAACCAAUCCAGCAGCAAACAUGUCAGUUGCGAUUCUGGCUGCCCCUCCCCCGUACGUGUCCCGAGGACCGUACCAUGUACAAUACCCACAUGAGUACUCCUUCAUCCUGGAUGAGCCAGAGAAAUGCCUUGAGAAGAACCCCUUCCUGGUUCUGAUGGUGCCAGUGGCGCCCUAUAACAGGGAGGCCCGUGAGGCCGUCCGCAGGACUUGGGGCAGUGAGAGGCAGGUACUGGGCAAAGAGGUCCGUCUGUUCUUCCUGCUGGGACUGCCCAGUGGAGAGGAGACAGAGCAGCUCCAGGAGAAGGUGCUGCAGGAGAGCAAAGAGCACCAGGAUCUGCUGCAGAGCGACUUCAUAGACAGCUACAAAAACCUGACCAUCAAGACCAUGGUGAUGAUGGAGUGGCUGAGCUCUCGCUGCCCCAACGCCUCCUACGCCAUGAAGAUCGACUCAGACAUGUUCCUCAACGUGAACACCUUGGUCAACAUGCUGCUUCACGCUCCAACGCAGAACUACCAGACUGGACUAGUGGCCCGACGGGGCGCUGUUCUAAGAGACCGUAACUCCAAAUGGUACCUUCCAAAGGAGGUGUUUCCUGAACCGGUAUAUCCACCUUAUGCUCUGGGCCUGGGCUAUGUCUUCACCUUAGACCUCCCCAGGAAGCUGGUGGAGGCGUCCAGGCAUGUUAAAGCCGUCUACAUAGAGGAUGUGUAUCUGGGACUGUGUAUGAGACACCUGGGCAUCCGGCCUACUGACCCCCCCAGUGGAAACCUUUUUCAGGGGUAUGCAGGAGCCCAGGACCGCUGUCACUACAUGGCUGUUAUCACGACCAUCCUCGACACUCCUCAGGAGCUUCUGGACGUAUGGAGAAACUUGCACCAACCUGGGCCUGUCUGUUAUUGAAAACAACACUCUGGGAAAGACAAAGAGCCUUGAGGUUAGAGCGUUGGGCCAAUAACCCAAAAGGGUGAUGGUUCCAAUCCCGGAGCUGACAAAAUGGCAAAUCUGUCACUGUGCCUUUGAGCAAGCACUUAACCCCAGUGCUCCACGGGUGCUGGACAAUGGUGUCCCUUACCGGGACCUCGCUCCCUGUGGGUGUCUUGUUUGAGCUGUGACUUUCUCUUGGAUGCUUUUCUCUGGGUGUGGUAGAGAAGGGUCGCCUUAUCCCUGUGUUUCUGUGGGUGUGGUAGAGAAGGAUUGCCUUAUCCCUGUGUUUCUGUGGGUGUGGUAGAGAGCGAUCACCUUAUCCCUGUGUUUCUGUGGGUGUGGUAGAGAAGGGUCACAUUAUCUCUGUUUCUGCAGUGGUGGAAAAGGUACUUAAUCAUCAUACUAUAGUAAAAGUAGACGGCACACUCCAAUACUCAGACAUCAUUUACAAACCAAGCCUUUAUGUUUAGUGAGUCCUCCAGACCAGAGGCAGUAGGAAUGACCAGGGAUGUUCUCUGUUUA